ACUCAGAGAAGAGCAGAAAUGUGCACUGGAAAAUCUUUGCCCCCAAACUGAGGGUCAAGUCUUGAACAUGUGAUUGGCAUUCAUGAUGGUGUACGCCAGGAAGAGUAAGUUGGGGUGGGAAAUCAUGUAAUGUGUGCAAACUAGAGUCCAGAGAGAUUUGAGCUUCAGGGUUUGGUCUGCAGGAUGCUGGCUGUGGGGAUUGCCAGGGACAACAUGGAAUGGGGUGCAUGGAGAAAAGGAAGCGAGGGGUCGAUGAGUCAGGUUGGCAAGAUGGCGUCGGUACCAGGGUGGUCACAGACUCCUGAAGUGGCAGGUGGAGCCAGGAACAUGGCGGCCUCUCGGCUGCAGGCUGGCUAGCUUGCAGUCUCAGGAGUGGCUCUGGCCCAAAAUGCUUAGCUGGCAGGAGCAGGCAGGAGGCCCCGGGAAGGGAGAGGGAGCAGGCUGCCUGCCCACCCGCCCGGGGAGUGUAAGGGGGUUGGGCACGUGUGUCCCGCCAACAACUGCAGCUCCCACCCACCAGCCAAGUCAGGCUUCGGACACUCCCUUCCCGCCUUCCCUGUCCCACCUCCCUUUUCCUUCCUUAGUCCUACAGCUCCGGAUCCACAGACGGAAUCAAGACUGCACCUCUGGUUCAGACCCGUGGAUCUCAGCCUCAGGCCCAGCUCUGGCUCCAGCUUUGCCCCCUGUUCCUGCCUCUUUCCUUGUCAGCCCUGGCAUCUUGUCCCCUGAGCCAGCAUAUAGUCCUUGGAGGUCUCCAAAGAAGGAAUCCCCCAAGAACUCCCAACAUUGGAAGGAGCCUAAGGUCAGGGGGAACUUGACAUAUCAUCUGUACAUGCCUCCAGAACAGAGACAAGGGGCCAGGGCAGAUCUCCAAGUGGAGAGGUCAACCCUGGGUCCCCCGGAACCACCUCUGUGGGAAAAGAAAAACUCACAGAGACCGCUCUCUCGGAUGAAGCCUUCCUCACCAAGAGUCUCCAGUCCCUCGCCCCCUUCACACAAGCUGGAGCUUCAGACCCUUAAACUGGAAGAGCUGACGGUCUCGGAGCUUAGGCAGCAGCUGCGCCUGCGGGGACUCCCGGUGUCUGGGACCAAAGCGAUGCUCCUAGAGCGCAUGCGUGGUGGCACCCCGCCCAGAGACCGGCUGAAACCCCGGCGCGAGGACAAAGAGACCGCUGCUCCCUGGCCGCGCCUCAAGCCCAAGGCUGCGGGAACUCCCCGGCCGCCGGGCACGGUGAAGGGAAGUGCAACAAAUCAUAGGCUGAAGUUUUCUGGAGCUACGGAUUCCCUGGGGACAGCUCCCGCUCCCGCUCCUGCUACUGCUCCUGCUCCUGCUCCUGCUCCCGCUCCCGCUCCCGCUCCCGCUCCAACUCCAACUCCAGCUCCUGCUCCAGCUCCGACUCCAGCUCCUGCUCCAGCUCCUGCUCCCGCUCCCUUCCCAACACCUUCUCCAGCUAGCCUGACUCUGGAGGAGGAGCUGCAGGAAGCGAUCCGUAGGGCGCAGCUGCUUCCAAACCGCGACAUCGAUGACAUCCUGGAAGACCAAGUGGAGCCAGAUGACCUGCUGCCUCCCAUCCCUUUGGACUUCCCUGGCUCAUUUGACCUGCUGUCUCCCUCCCCCGACUCGGAAGGCUUCUCUUCCGUCUUCUCCUCUUCACUACCGUCCCCCACAAGCUCCCUGCCCCCGUCUCCAAGGGCCCUCACCGAUUCCUUGGACUGGCUGGAGGCCUUGAGUGGGGGUCCGCCACUGGGCUCUGGGCCUCCAGGACCCAGCAUCUUCUCUGCGGACCUGUCUGACCCCAGUGGCAGUCGGCUCUGGGAACUGCUACCAGAUCCAUGGUGACAGACUCUUGGGUUUCUAAGGAGAGGUCGUCUGCACCCACAAAGACCCUCCAACUACAGAGAACUCAAGAUGCCCCCAUCCCCCCUGACUCACUGCUGCUGAUGUGUUAGGUGUCUGGACCUGCGUACCGGGCCUCUGUAUGACCCCCUCCCAGGCUCUAUUGUUGGGGCUGGGGGGGUUCAUUUGCAGUGCAAACAAGCUUGCUGCCUCCUUGAGAGACCUGCAGGUUGUGUGCGCUCUUUCCUCCAGACGCUGGGCCUGGCAUCUGGGCAUCCUGGAUCUUCGUGCUGUUUGAGUUCAGGAAAGGACCAUGUGAGUGUAGAAGAAGGACCGCACCCCAAGUUCUAGUUAGAGGUGAGAGGACCAGAAGCUGCUAGUGGGAGGUGACCACAAACUCCCUGUGACCUUGAACUUAUGACCCCGCCCCCACCCCAGUACUUUCUUGGGUUUUGUUUUGUUUUCUUUUGCUUUUGAGAGCAAGUGUUGCUAUGUAGUGCCAAGUUGGCCUCAGACUUGUGACAAUCCUCCUGCUUCAUCCUCCUGGGUGCUGAGAUUACAGGCAUGAGCCAUUAUACCCACAGCCCUCAUGGUUUAUUGAAGAGUUUCCAGGAGCCAUGAGGUGUGGGAAGAUAGAUAAAAGGGGAGAGGAGGUAGAAGGCUUCUCAGGUGAGCCUCCACCUCCACCUCAUGCUGGUGGGGGCGCUGGUGGGGGCGACGUCUGCCUGGUGAAUUAAACUGUGGCUCUCCUGUGGCCGGAGGCUCGUGAGACUGGA